AUGAGUGAUGAACACAAUCAGCAGCUAGGGAAUGAUAUGAAUAUUAUCUGUUCUCUUCAUGAGUUUACUUUGCCUGAAACAGCAAAUAUUAAUGAUGGUAUUGGUCACCCUACUUCAACAAGUGCACCACACUGUAACUCACAGUCAGAGCUAGUAUUAAACCCUUCCACGGCUGAGUUUACCCCAAGUGUUGAACAAAGUGGGUUUCAAAGGGGUCAGACAGGUGGUAAUAACCAACACAUGCUUCAUAAGAAUGAGAGCUCUGUUACUGACAGGAGACCAAAUGAAACCAUACUAUCCGUAGUGAGAGAGCUGAAAAAGCCGCAAUCUGAUAUUAAAUGUUUUGGUGGUGACAUCAUGGAAUACACAAAGUUCAUGCGACAGUUUAAAUCCAGAGUAGUAGCAAAUACAGAGACUGAUGAUGAACGGAUGAACUAUCUCGAACAGUAUACUACAGGUGAGGCAAAUACAAUUUUCAGUGGAUUUGGCUAUCUAGAUGCAAGUAAAGGCUACCCACCUGCAAUAAAAGAAUUAGAAGAUCGCUAUGGCAAUAGUGAAAUAAUAGCCAGUGCCUAUAUUAAAAGGGCUAUGAAGUGGUCUUCUAUCACAUAUAGUAAUGCAAAGGGACAAUGUUUCUCUCAGAAUGUGAAAAUGCGGUAA